AUGAGCUUUCAACCAGCAUCAUCGUCAUCAUCAUCACCAUCAUCAUAUUAUUCAUCAGAUGUAUCCAAUUCAAAUUAUUUAACUCAGACUAACAGUAAUUUAAGCGAUAAUCAUGUUGAUAGAGAAUAUUUUCAGCAAAAAAUUUAUUAUUAUUUGAAUGAAUUACGUAUGUUUGUUCAACAAGCUCCUUUUGAUAUUCAAACAGGAAUUUCAGAAGAUAUGAUCACACAAUUGGCGCAUAUAUUAGCAGAGGGUAAAAUAUUUCCAACAGUUUCUGAAUUAGUCAAUAGUCAACGUGUAGAAGAACAAAUAUUGCAUAAACAAUUAAUUGAUUUACGUUCUGAACAAUCUGCUUGUCGAUCUACUUUAAGACGAAAACAUAGAGAAGAAAUAUCUAUGAAUGCAUCUCGACCACAUCAUCUACCGGUGUUACAAAAAGAACAUGAACAAGAAAUGCACCGUUUAAUGAAAAAUCAAACAGAUGCUUUACGUAAUCUAUCAUUAAGAAUAUUGGAUUCAUUAGAUGGACGUGUUGUUGAACAACAAUUAACUUUAGAACGUAUAGGUGUUCCAGCAUUUAUUCGAACAACAAAUGCACAAAUAAUACGUAUUCAAAUGAGAAUAUUAGAUUGGAUUGUACGUUUAAGUCGUCGAUCAUUACCACAAUCUUUAAGUUUAUCAAAUCCUGAAACUAUGCCACCUUCAUGGCCUCCAUGAAUCUCAUAAAUGUACAUAAAAACAUUUUCAUAGUAUCUCAUUAUUUGUUAGAAUGUAUUUGAAAGUGUGGUUUUUAUUCCCGAUUCAAUAUGUUUUUUAGUUGUUGUUUAUCAUUGUGAACUUCAUUUUAUAUCUGAUUGAAGCCAUAAAAAACAGUUUACAUUAUGUAACAUUUAUAGUCUGUAAAAAUUUAAACUUCAGCUCUUUAGUUUCUUUCUUUGAUCGUUUUUUUGUAUUUUAUCUUACCAAAUGAAUAGUGUAUACCUUUUUAUUGAAUAUUACAAGUAGAUAUGUGAUUGGACAAUGGAAUUAUGUAAUAGUAUUAUGGAUUCAUCAGAAGAUUCCUUCAUGUUAUAAAGAAAUUAAUGAAUAUUUAUAAUCUAUCUUUAUCUAAUUUUUUUUUGGGGGGGGGGUUCAAAUUGAUUCUUUUUUGUAUACUUAUAUGUGUAUUUCUAUUCUUAUGAAUAUCACUUUGGAAUAAAAAUGGGUUCAAGGAA